AUGGCAACUUCGAGUCGUACGAGCGUAGCGCUUCCCGAGACCUUUUCAGAUGGGGAUAUUGUUUUAUGGCUGCGAAAAUUCGAGCUUUGUUCGACCGCAAACGACUGGAAAGAUACCGACAUGUUAAAAAGGUUACCGACACUUUUGUCUGGUAAGGCCUUCGCAGUUUUUGAACGUCUCGCAGCAGAGGCCAAAGAAGAUUAUAAAACCCUUACGAAAGCUUUAACGGCGGCGUUUGGCGGAGAUACAACGGGCAAACAUCUUGCAAUGAUGGCGUUUCGCAGUCGAACGAGAAAGCCAGACGAAGACAUACAAGUGUUCGCCUACAAUUUAGAGGCACUAUUAAGGCGCGCAAUGCCAAAAAUCGAAAACGGAGACAGAGAUGUCCUACUCCAGCAACAAUUUAUCGAAGGAGUACCCACAGAACUAAAAAGGGAACUAUUACAACGACCAAGCAUGUCCUAUGAAGAAAUGGUUGCGGUUGCCCAGCAACUAGAUUUAGUGAGUCAAAUUUCAUCGCACCAAACCGGGAGUCAAGUCAACCUGGCAAGUGCGAGCGACAAUUUGCAGACAACAACGAGGGAUCAGCCCUUGGUUGCGCAGUUGAUGGAAAAUGUAGAAACACUUACCAGGAAGGUUAGUGAAUUAUCUGUAUCUGUCGCCAAUGUCAACGCCACGUCAGCGCGAAAUUCUACUCGGGGAAGACGGGGGCCUUGCUAUCAAUGUGGCAAGAUGGGCCACAUCGCCAACGAGUGUAGAAGCACCGGUAACGGAAGUCGACAACCAAAUUACCGACAACGCAGCGCCGAAAAUUACUGCUUCGUGUGCGGGCAAAUCGGACAUUUUGCGCGAGAAUGCCGAUUUAGAUACCAGUCCCCUGUCGCUGGUCAACCGCGUCAGGGAAACGACCAAGGACCGACCCAUUACUAG